AUGGGCGUGACAAGCCCGAAGAAGACGAACCGGUGGAUCGCGCUCGGCUCUGUGCUCAAGUACGACAUUGCUCACGAACCGAGGAUCACAACCUUCUUCGCCGAGCGCGCCGCCGAGGGCAAGUCGGCUCAGCCGCCUGUGCUGACGUCGACUUGGUGGAUCCUCGUGCAUGCUCUUUCCCCCGCCGUCGAGUUGAUCACUGAGACUUUCGUCAAGCUCCAGCAACGCGAUUUGGUACUCUGCCAGCAACGGAAGCUGUUUGUCGUUCUCGCCGACGAAAUUGCCGACUUGUUCAAGGUGAGCCGCAUUGCCGACUGCGAGGGCGACUUCGUCGACCUGCCUGACAACACCUACGCGCAGCGAAACCAGUCAAUCGCGCUCAUCGAGUCGCUUCGCGACUACGUCGAAGACCUCGGGUCGCGCGCUCGAGUGCACUGGGAGAAGCUCGACAACAUCGAGCAAUCACAAGUCUUCAGGACGAUCGGACUGUUCGCCAUCGGCAUCACGGACGGCAUCCGCCAAGUGGAAGCUGAGCGCGACCCAAUGAACAACCCGUCCAUAGAGCUCGCGCCACCCAUCAUGCCGUACGACCUCGUCAAGAUGAGACCUGCCACAUUUAUCUCGGAGGUGCUAGAGCCGCGGAAGCCACAGCUCGAGGCGACGUUUUGGACAGCCGAUCAGAUCAACACCGCCGAGCUGCGCCGCCUUUGCGCCGGUCUCGCGACUGUCUUCCCCAACUCGACGUCGGUCGAAUCCGACUUUUCGAUACUGAAGUGGGAAAUGGACGAGUUCCGCAUAUCCAUGCUCGACCUGUCGCUGGAAGGUAUCUUCCAGGCCAAGCAGUUUGAGCUUCUGGACUCGAUCAUGUUGUCCCUUGAGCAAUAA